UUGAGAUUAAAAAAUGAUUCAGGAACGAACCUUCUCUCUUCAAAGAGUGGACAAGCACAAAAAGCUAAAACCGCAAUGGAAUAAAAAGUGCUUCUGCUCCAACCAAAAGAACAAAAAAAAAAAAGAGAGGAAUAACCAAAUUAAUUCCACCAUUUUUACUCUCUCUCUCUCUCCUCGCCCGCUUCUGCAAUUCGAAAGUUUUGGCAUCUCCGCGAAUCAAUCACGUCUGUAAAAUCUCCACCGUCAUCUCUCUUUGCGGAUCAAUCGAAGUUUAGGUCGUGUUGCUUCACGAUUUCAUCUCCAUCUGCAGCACCACCGAUCGCUGAGGGGUUUAGGGUUUUGCUCCGGCAAGGCGUAAUCAUCGUCUUUUAGCUAAAUCCGAGAUCAAUGAUUCCGAUGGAUGAUAAUUACUGGGUACCAAGCACUAGCACGACCGGUUUAGUAUUUCCGGCUAAUUCGAGCAUGACUACUACUUCCUCUGGUUUCCACCUUACUGUAAAUCCACCAGCUGGAACUGGAAUCAAACAUGAAGCUACUUUGUCCGUUGACUGGUCUGUUGAAGAGCAGUUUAUUCUGGAGAAAGGUCUUGCAAAGUUUAAAGGUGAACCACAGGUUACCAAGUAUGUAAAGAUCGCAUCAACUCUGCCAGAUAAAAGUGUACGAGAUGUUGCUAUGAGGUGUAAAUGGAUGACUCAAAAACGAAGAAAAGGAGAAGAACAUAGUGCCACAAAUAUUAAUUAUAGAAAGGCGGUGGAUUUACCCCCAAAACUGAACAUGUUCUCCACCCUGCCACAACAAAAUGCUACAUAUGUCAUGAACCCUAUGUGCCAGAGUGCACGAGUGCCUUUUGAAGGUGCAAGUGAUGCAGUUAUUGAGCUUCUACGGCAGAAUGCUCAAGCUUUUAGUCAAAUUUCUUCAAACCUUUCUGCGUGCAAGCCACAGGAUAACAUCAGUCUGUUUUAUCUUGCAAGAAAUAACAUCAGUUCCAUCUUGAAUGACAUGAAGCAGAUGCCUGGUAUCAUCAGCCGGAUGCCACCCCUACCUGUUUCAAUUAACAAUGACCUUGUUAGCAUGUUAAUGACGAGUACACGACGGCCGAGCUCUUAUAUCAUUCCUUCGAGUAUCCAUCUGAAGCAGGAACCAAGGAACUGAUGGGGGACCUGGACUGAAGAAAACAAGCACAGAAAACUGGUGAAAUGGCAGUUGUUGGAUGUGGCCUGGACUGAAAGAAGAUGGUUUUUCACCUGCAA